AUGGCCCGGCCCGUGCGCCAGCUGUCUCUCCAGCAGCAGGCGGCGGCCAGACAGCCGCUGCGCCGCCAGCAGUCCGAGGACCAGGGCGCGCUGCUGCUGAGGGUGACGGCCAGCUCGCUGGGCGGAGGAGCGGCCCCCGCCGCCACCCCCCGCAGGCCGCAGCAGGCGCGGGCCGUGCGGGUGGCGUGGGGCGAGCAGCAGCAGCAGCAGCAGCAGCAGCAGCAGCAGCAGGUGGAGGUGGUGGCCACGCGGUGCGCCGGCAACCAGAGGAAGCCGCCCGCCGCCCGCCCGGGUCGCUGCGGGCCCCGCGCCGCCUCUGGCCUCGGGCUGGACAAGGACGCCGUGAUGUACACGAGGCAGCAGCUGGCCGAGAGGCUGCGCAAGGCGUGGAAGGAGCGAGAGAGGUCGCGGCCCAACCUCAACAUCAUCCUGUCGCACGUGACCUGCGAGGACAACCUCAGCUCCCCCGCCGCGCCGGACCGGCCGCCCUCGCCCCCGCCGCCCCCGGACAUCUCGGUGGUGGUGAGGCCGGCCACGGGGGUGUGCAGGGCGGCGGGCGACCCCCAGCACCAGAGGCUCGUGGUGGAGGUGAGCGUCUCACCCAGGCCGGGCGCGGCGCCCUACAGGGAGAUGUCGGCGAGCGCCAAGCGGGUCACCUUCAAGAACAGCUCCGCCAAGGCGGUGUUCAGCAGCUUCAGCCCGGAGCCGGGGCCCGCGCCGCCCCCGCCGCCCCCGCUGCACCGGGCGCUGUCGGCGCCCUCCAGCAGGCGGCUGCCGGCGCGCGCCAGGCCCGCGCCGGACGGCGAGGAGGCGCGCUGGAGGAGCAGGCCGGCGGCCGGCCGCAAGAAGCCCCAGGACCAGCCGCCCUCGAGGCGCGGCGUGCACCGCGGCUCCGACGUGGUCACCAUGGUGUCGCUGAUGAGCCCGUCCGACAGCGACGACGAGGAGGCCUUCUGCCCCGCGCCGUGCGUCCCGGCCUGGCUCGAUGAGAGCCCGGGUCCCCAGGUCAGGGCCGCGGAGAAGCCUGCCCCCGCGACGAGUGUUCCUGUCACCAGGCCCUGCUCCUCCUCGCCGGCCACUAGCACCGCCGUCCCGGCUGCGGCUGCGGCCCGGGCCGCGCCCGUCAGGAGAGCCGCCGGCAAGUCAGCUGCCUCAGAUAAGGGGGAGAAGUUCAGCACUUGCGGAUAA